UUCCAAAAAGCUUUUAUAAAGUUCGGCGAAAAUAAGUUAAUAGAGGACAGCAGUGAACAGAAGAACAUUUUCAAUAGUAUUCAGAAAUAUAUAUGCAGUGUAUAUAAUGUUCGGAAUGCAAUUGAUGUCAAUUCUGCUCGAGUUCAGAUGUUUAUAGACUCAUACAAAGUUUCCGACAUUAAUGAGGCUUUCAAUCGAAAAAAAUUGAGAAACUUUGAUGCUAGCAGUUUACCACCUUGUGAAAAUGAGCUACUACAGCAUUUUUUACGAGCUAAUUAUAUUUGUACGAUUUGGAACAAUGCUCACUUAAGAAAACCUACUUCACAUAAACCUGAAAAUAAUGGCUGGGUACUGGAAAAUGAUCAAUACCAUUUUAAAUGGUUUGAAGGAGAUCAGCUACCUACUUAUGUCAGUGAUUCUCUACAAACUUUGUCAGAAGCUGAUGAAGACGAUGACAUUCAUGAGGACAAAUCCGCAGAAUGGAGUAGCGGUGAUGAAGAUAAUCGAGAUACCGACGAGGACGAUGAAGUUGAUUAAAUAUUUUUUUUGAUUUAAUAAUAAUGUUUGA